GCUUUCGUGUCGAAUGGCAGAUUUCGAAGCCUCUGGAAUCAGAAACCGGACCGGAGUCUUCACCACCUAUAUAUAGCUCCAAUUCACACUCUCUCAUUCAGCAAUUAUAGUCACAAUCUUUUAUUUGAGUUUCUGAGAUUUGGAUUGGAGCUCCGGAGACCAGUCGGAUCUUACCAUUAAUUUCUCGAAGUUUUGAUCGGCAAUCUUCUGAAUUCUGAUUGAAAGUUCGUCAUUCAAGAGAAUUUCAUAUAAUUUUAGUUUGUUUCUAUUUUCUCUUAUUUGUUUCUAUAUAAAUUGUUGAUUAUUUUAGGUAAAGUGCCACAAAAAGAUGCAGGUUUGGCUUUGUUUUUUAUAAGUUAAUUGUCUUAGAUUAAGAGCUAAGCUCUGUUUUGUUUGGUUACCUAGAAAAUAUACUGAAGGGAGGAGAGUGAUUCGAGGGCGUACAUUUUCUUUUGUAGUUUAUAAAGAGUACGAAACUGAACAUAUUCUAAAUUUUUGUUCGUUUUCUCGGGACUAUGAUUAAGAACAAGUACGGUUUAAGUAUUUUUUUUUUUCUUUUUUCCUUCUCUUGGUGGUCAAACAGAUGUUUAGACGUAUAGUUUUUAUUAGGAGUAAUAUAUGAGACACGUCAUGUUAAAAACUAGGCUUGUGUCAUUUAUCAUGCGGUUAAUGUGGAUGCGAACAUGUUCUUGAAUUUCUGUGAUUUUUUAAGAAAAAGGACGUCUGAUUAUCUCGAAUUUGAUUGUUGUUUUUAUUCUGUACUUGGAUUAUAUAUUUUUGUUGCUUCUAAUUGGAAAAUUUGAUUGUCUCGUGGUACUGUUCUUUGUUGUUGUUGUUGUCGUCUUAAUAUCAUGUUUGCAUUUCUGGUAUAAUAUUGAUUUUUUUUUUCGUUUGAUACCUUUUCUGGUGUAUCGCUUGGUAGUAGUUUGUUGCUUUGCUUUGAUAUCAGUUGGCCUUGUGGCACCUUAUUUCGCUUAAAAUAUUAUAUAGUUUGUGAUGGCUGUCAUGAUGUUAGUGGUUAUGGCCAAUCAUGUAUAUAAUGAUUGGAUAUCAGAUGCUUUCCUGUUGUGUCUGUAUUGUUUUCUUAGGGUGGUUAUGAGGUUCAUUGCUCAUUAAUUCUUGGUAAUCUUGAUGUUGAUGCCAAGUGCCAGUAUCAUUGACAUUGUCUAGAUUGCAAAUUUUCAUAAAAUUACUUGGAAAUGGAAAAAUUAUAUAAUUUGCUAGUUUGAUUAUCUAAAUUAGGUGCAUUAGUUGUGCUAGUCAUAAAUUAAUAAAACCAGUAUCAAAAUCAAGAUCCAUUGGAAAAUCAGAUGAGUAGGAAGGAAAUCUAACUUUCUAACUAUUUAGAUUCUAGCCUAUUAGCAGCCACUGUGAUGGUUAUCUAGUUGUUCUGGCUGUGAGAGCACUGUUAUUUAUGGCAAAAUUGCGUCAGUAGAACCUUAUAUCCACGUUGAGAGGUCCAGAAUCAUUAUGGUCGGCUGGUAGUUUAUUGCUAGUGACCAUGUGGCCUGACCAUUCUCUUGAUCCAAAUUUUGCCUUUAUUUCCCAUGAGUGAUGGUCGAUUUUGAGAUGUUGAGCUGUGCAUCUUCCCAUAGAGCAAGCUACUACCCUGGGAGGAGUAUUUAGAAAGGGACAUGUUUUCCUUUGGGAAUGCAACUUCACAGGAUAAGCAGUUUGAAUUGAUGCAUACUAAAACUUGAGGUGGUUUUGUUGUGGUAAUACCAUUUCGGGAUUUAGAUUUAGGUUUUUAUUUGUAUGAUGACUUAUUAGUUGCAAGUGUUCAGGAUUGUCCAGGUUUAUGGGUGAGACUAAAAACGAUUAAGUACUUACUAUGGGGUAGAUUCUGUAGGUUUUUUUCUGUGCAAGUCCUCAUGUCUGUUUCUUAUAGUUCUGAACAACAGUGUGCGGUGUUUGUACCAGGCCUGGAAACCAAUUAAUUGAUUUGUUGCUCCUAGGUUGUGGUUUUGCAUCAAGCCACCCAAUAAUUUUCGUCCUAUUAUGCUGUAUUGAGAGUGAACUGGGGGAUGAGUGUAUUUGUUCUACUAGAGUUCCGUGUUCUGUCUAGAAUAUUCCAUCCAUAUUAAACUUGGUUGUCUUCAUAGCCUGUUAUUGACUAAUUACAUGCGUCAGUAGACAGAAUAGUGUUGCUCCACUAGUUGGUUUGCAUCUUCUCCAAUCAGGGGAAAAUUGUCCUUUGCCCAUUCAUGUAGAUAUGAAGGUGUAAUUCUAAUGUUGGUUGAAAUCCUACUAUCACUAUAUGGAGAGAACUGGCUAGGAUAACAUGUUACUGAAGAGACGCAUCUGAAGUUGUGAAGAUUUUAAUGAUUUAUGCUUUGGGUAAGUUCAGUCUCAAAGGAGAUUUGGUGCAGAGUUUAAAGUGGAGGUAGGCCUGUCUUGAUGGAGAAUGAAGACAACAAAAUUUCUGCAAUCUCACUACUCUUUCCCCUCUAUUUAUAUGCAUUUUAGACCACAUUUGAUUGUGUGAUCGAUUGCUUUUACCAUAGGUUGUGACGUCUAGUGGUCAUUUCCAGUAUAUUUCAUUUGGUUCUGGGACCUCAAGGAAUCAGGUGAUCAUGCAAAUAGUAUUGCUCUCUCACAGCUGGAGCUUCCAGAGUUUCUCUCAGCUGCUCUGUAGUUUAUGUUUGGGAGUUAAUAGAUCUGCUUGUUUUGAUGAAUCCUUCUCUUGGAGUAGUGCUGAUUGGAGCUGUUCAACCUUGGGUGUUGUAGCUGCUGAUUUCCAUUGGACUGCAGCAGUGUAGAAGAAAGCAACAAUGUCAUGGAGUGUUUGCCUGUCUUGUUCAGGCCACUAGAUUUGUUUUAAGUAAUAGAAUAUUUUCUAAAUGUAUCCAUAUAUGCAGGUGCCCUAGGCUUUUUGCCAACUUCAGCUAUCUGAUCUCUGCAUAGUACUUUGCAAUGGUGGAAGUAACAGCCUAUUAUUCUGACUAUCAACAGUUUGAGCCAAGGAACAUAUCUUGGAAAUUGGAGGAAACUGAGGCACUGAUCUCAGACUCUCAGCUGGAAAAUGGGGAGUGCAGUUUUGGAGUAGUAUCACCAGAUAUGAAUAUGACUGAAUUACUACAGAGGGGGAAGAUGGAUUAUGGAUGCCAACACUAUAGAAGACGGUGCCGCAUUAGAGCUCCUUGUUGCAAUGAAAUCUUUGAUUGUCGUCAUUGUCAUAAUGAUGCUAUGAACAAUAUUAAUGUUGAUCAGAAGCUUAGACAUGAUAUCCCACGCCAUCAAGUCAAACAGGUGAUAUGCUCUCUUUGUGGGACUGAACAAGAAGUUCAACAAGUCUGUGUUAAUUGUGGCGUAUGCAUGGGAGAAUAUUUUUGCAAGAUUUGCAAGCUGUUUGAUGAUGAUACAUCCAAGAAACAGUAUCACUGUGAUGGGUGUGGCAUUUGCAGAAUUGGUGGAUGUGAGAAUUUCUUCCAUUGCUACAAGUGUGGUUGCUGCUACUCAAUCCUUUUGAAGAACAGCCACCCAUGUGUUGAAGGUGCAAUGCAUCGUGACUGCCCUGUUUGCUGUGAGUACUUAUUUGACUCAAGGAAAGAUGUAACCGUCAUGCCAUGUGGGCACACGAUUCACAGAAACUGCUUGAAGGAGAUGAGAGAACAUUUUCAGUAUGCUUGCCCUCUCUGUUCUAAGUCAGUCUGUGAUAUGUCCAAGGUCUGGGAGAAAUAUGACGUGGAGAUUGCAGCUACACCAAUGCCAGAACCAUACCUAAACAAAAUGGUUUGGAUUCUUUGCAACGAUUGCGGUAAGACCUCAAAUGUACAUUUCCAUGUGGUGGCUCAGAAGUGUCCAAAUUGCAAGUCCUAUAACACUCGCGUAACAAGGGGUUGAGGAAGCGUGCGCAAGUUGCAAAAUGGCUAUAUAACUGUGACAGUUCUGUGCUCGUGGGCUAUGGAUUGACAUACCUCGCAGCAACUGAGACACGACCAUGGUGGCUUGAAGUGGGUGAUUGACGUGCUAUCAUGGGGACUCACCUUGUGUUGUUCGAGUAUUUUUUUUUCUUUUUCUCCUUGUCAGCUUCUUUGUGUUAUGCUUCAUUUAGGCAGAAUGGUGUACAUGGUUUCUUUUAUUAAUUACGUAGUCGUACUUGGCAUUGUUUGUUAA